UGAAAAAAAGGAGCAACAUCCGCCUCCCAACACCGGCCGCAAGUGCCUAUGGCGGCUCCCCCAGCAACAUCCGCCUCCGAACUCCGAAUCAACUACGCCCCCGACGAGCGAUUGAGCGCGAGUCAAAAAAAGGACCGCCAAGGAAGCGAGCGCGGAAUCAGGCGAGAUCCCCUUCGCCUACGACGCCAGUAGGCUCGAGAAUCGCGUCCAGCUCGAGGCCGACCGAGAGCGCGUGCAGGCAGCUGCUGGGCCUGCAGUUCCACCACACGUCCGGCGACCUCUACUACGGCGACGCGUACCUGGGGCUGAUGGGCGGCGGGCGCCGCGACGGGCUGGCGGAGGCGGUGGCGGUGCGCCACUCAACUUCGUCAACAGCGUGGAGGUCGACCUGGAGACCGGCGACGUCUACUUCACCGACAGCAACACCACGUACUAGCGGAGCCGUUUCAUGCGUCGCCCGAUCCGUGCAUUCAUGUGUCAUCCGCUCGCAUCCGCCCCACACGCGACACAAGAUGCAUGCUUGUUGUCCAGGUGCCUAGAUGGAGUGGACUGUCGAACGCGCGAGCCACCAUAUUCGGCGAUGGUUACCCUUUGCCAGAUGAACAAUAGGUUUCUUGUUUACUGUCUUUUGUUGUUAGAUACUUCAAUCAGGUAGGUAGUUAGUGCUCCGUUUAUACUGGCAUUUCUUGUCAUAUGAUAGUCACUUCGGGCUUCUGAAUGCUACUAUGAAACUGUUUUUUGGUAGUGAAUUUUAAUCAUCUUAAAAUAAAUAUUCUUACUUUGAUUUGGGAAGAUUUGUGUUGACCUAUGAAUAAGACUUUGACUGGAGGUGCAAUUCACUGUGCGCUUCCCUGCUAUACAGCUGACAUCUGUUUUCUGCCUUUCUUUUACCUUCUGGCAUAAGUCAAUUGUUGCCAAGGCGCAGAAAUAAAUUUUAUUAGGUAUAUCUUGUUUAUGAUCAGAUCUCACGGCUUCGGUGGUGCCUCAAGUGUAUGUCAGGUAGUAGCCCUAAGAUUUCAUCAGCAUUCUUAGCAGUAAUUGCUAUAGUAUCAAAUGGGAUUGUGGUACGAGUUGCUCGAUUACUAACUGUUGCUAUAGAGUGUGAAGCUAAGUAGGUAAUAACAAAAGGGGUUAAGGUUUAUGUGUGGUGCUUACUGUAUUUGUUUUUAUUAUUUUCUUGUGCUUUAUACAUGUACUGUCAUUCUUUUACUCUGAUGUUCUUUUACUGCAAAGUUCGACACAAUAUAUUUUUAUAUGAAAGACUGAAGAUUACUUAGUAUUGUUUUCUAUUUCUGUUAUCCUCUUUGCAGAUCUAUAUUAGGAUGAUGAAAACAGUGCUACUUGAUGUGAAGUCCACCAAUACUAUAGAUCAGAUUAAGUCUAAGAUCGGUGCUUUAGAGGGGAUUGACAAUAGCCCUCAAGCGCUCUUUUUUGCUAGAAUUAUGGUAGCAGUCAGGUUUCAGAUUUCUAUGAAUUCGGUGAAUAAAAUGAGCUUAUUGGCGUUGUCAAUCUUUUUAAAUUUCCUGAAAUUAUGAUAAAAGUAUAUAGGGUACCUAUUCAAACAAUAUGGCUGUUAACUACAUACUAUUUUUAUAAGUUACAUUGUAUUAUGUAGCAGAUAAAAAGGAGAAUAUCUUGUGUAGUUGUUUUCCUAAAUUAUAAUAGGCAGUGGUUGUAGCUAAAAUAUUAUUAUCUUGAUAUAAAGACUACUAAAUUAUCACUUUUAUGAGAACAAUGUGAUUAUCUGGACAGUUCCCUUCAAGUUAUAAAGUGUGGUAGCAUAAUUGCAUUUCAGGGAAUCAGUGCAAAGCUUGCAGCUGAUUCUGGUCGGAGAAUGGACCGUUCCCUCCUCCCUCCUCCCGCCCCUUCCCCUCCCGCCCCUUCCCCUGCCCUCCCCGACGGCGAGUCCCCUGCCCUUCCCGGCGCCAUCCUCCCCCACCCAUCUCUGGCGGCCGCCGUGCAGCCGGCAGUGCCCUUCUCCACCAGCCGCACGUCGUCCCUUACCCCAAGGGCGGCGGCCACCCUCCAGGCGUCGGGACGUCUUCUUCUUCACCAGGAUCUCGUUCGCUCGUCCCACUCUUCUGGUCGCGGCAAGGCUCUCAGGUGGAGAGACUCCAGCCCUUCGUCGGAUUCGUUGGAUGUUGGGAGCCCUUCUUCGUUCAAGGAUAUCCUGCUCGCGGGAACGGUCUCGGCCUCAGUCUCGGUGACGUCUGGGGACAUAGUUUCCCAUGGCGCCCAGGCUAGGACCUUGCAGGCCUCCGUGCAGAAUUCCUCUGGUGAUGGUGGACGGUUUGUCCGUCGGUCUUCCCCACUGCGCUCUUUGGUUCAGCCCAUGCGUCAGAAGCCUCUGGUGGAUCGUGAUGGUUUCACACUUGUGGAGAGUCGCCGCACACAGAAGCAGAGACGCCGCCUGGAGAAGUCGUUUGGUAUUCAAGCUCUGGAGACCUUUAAAGGACGGUGCUUCAAGUGCCUCUCACCUCAUCACCGGGUUGCCCUCUGCCGUUCCAUCAUCCGCUGCCUCCUUUGCCAUGCACCUGGGCAUACAUCCUACACUUGUCCGCGUCGCCUCCCACCGGUCUGCUCGCGCAUGGCUGGACGUCUGCGUGCUCCUGUUCAUCGGCUGCCUCCUGUCCAUGCGGCGCAGUGCUCUGUUGAUGCUGCCGAGGGGCCACUCCCAGAUGUGAGUCGUGGUAGACGGCGUCGCCUGGAGUCCGACAUCGCUGUUGACGCUGGUGAUGGUGUCUGCACGGAGCCACAUUUUGCUCCUACCCGGAUCAUCCCAUGGUCUCCAAGUUUCAACCAGAGGACUGAAGUGCUUGAUCGUGCCAUUGUUCUCACGGUAACUGUGGCCAUUAAUGAAGCAGUUGAGGAAGCUAUUUUGGACAGCUUUGCGCGGCGACUGGCGCUUGUUCAUGACUCGCUGUCUAUGUGUCGACUGGGUCCUGCAUGUCUUCUUCUUAUUCUUCCAAGUUUAGAAAUGGCGGACCGUGCUUUUGAUGGGGGCAGAAUUGUGAAUUUAUCCCCCACAACUAAAAUCCAUGUUAUGCGGUGGAGCAGAACCCUUAACUCAUCUGCGGCGGCGUCUCUGCCUUUCCAAGUUGAGAUUGAUGUGUCUGGCAUCCCUGCACAUGCUUGGGAGUUGGAAACUGUGCAUGCUCUCCUCAAUGAGUGGUGCUGGAUUGCUGAUCUUCACCCAGAUUGUGAGCGUCAGCGUGAGGUGUUCAAGGUUACCGCCUGGUGCUCCAGCCCGGGCUCCAUCCCCAAGGAGUUUAAACUUGAAAUUGUUGAUCCGGUCACAACCGAUGGUGGCAUGCUGCGUCGUUCAUUGGUCUACCCUAUCCGGGUGUCGGUGAAGGUCCUUGAUCGACCGGACAUGUUGCAGUCCCUACAGCCGUCACCUCCUCCGGCGGAGGAUGAUCCCGAUCAGGGCAGGCGGCGGAGGCGACGUCGAUCUAGGAGGUCGUCUUUUGGUAUUAAUGCUCCCGGAAAAGGUUCGACUACAGCGGUCUUGCCUCGGGUGUCGGUUCAUCAGCGACUUGGGCCGCGCGUGCAAGCCUGUGGGAAGGAAGGUGUCAGGGUGCCUCGCCUGGCGGUCCAUAAACGGCUAGGCCCUCUGGGGAUAUUUAACGCUGAUAAAGGUGCAGUCAAGAAGAUGAAGCGAGUUUGGAUUCCCAAGAGAAAGUUGGAGUCAUCUGUGUCUGUUUGGAGUCCUAAGACAUCGUCUGCUCUUGUGUCUCCACUCCCGGUUGCGGUUGAUGAUGCAUUUUUGGAAGCUACUAGUUCUACUGUCGUUACUGAAGAUACUUUGGUUGGCUCUCCAGAGGUUAUUCCAGUGGAUGGUGGAAUCUGUUCGGAAGCUGCUAUUAUUUCUGAUGCUCCAGCCCGGUUUCCCAUGGUUGAAUCUGUUCUGCAGGACGUAAAUGUCCUCUCCGAGGGAGUGGGUCUUCCCUUGGUUGAAUCUGAUUUCCAGAACAUUCACCUUAUGGAGUCUUCCUUAUCAAGGAAGCAUCUUAUGUCACCAAGUCUGUUAGUUUAUUCCAGGAAAAGACAUCAAAAGCUACAGCUGAUUGACAGUAUUGAUGAGAAUGGCAAUGUCGGGGCUGCUGCAGAUGCUAUAAUUUCUCCAGCUUCGGCGACUGGUUUGGCUGCUGAUGGGACAUAUCACGUUGGUCAGGGCCCAGUCAUUAUCGGGGUUGUGGCAGAUGCUAUUGUGUCUCCAGCCACGGCAAUAACUUUUACAAGUUCUGAACCUAUUUCGAGUUUGGUUGAGCCUACUGCGGCUGUGGCAGACAUUCUGAUGUCUCCAGCUGGGGUGGCUCCCAGUCUUCUUCCUUCUCCUUCUGGCGAGCAGGAGACUUCCCAGUCUUUGCAGAGAGAAGAGUUCAUUAAAUCUGUUACUCGGCAACCUUCUAAAUUGCUUCCUGCUCCUCCAGUCAUCUUGAAGAAGAAGGACAACAAAUUGCCCUCCAGAUCGGUGCCACGUCGCAGCCGCAGAGUUGCUGGUGUAGGCGUUGAAUUUAAUGCCUCUGACCUUGACAGACGUGCUAUCAAGAAAAUCAUGAAGGCAGUUGGUAUAAUUGCUGAUAAUGUGGGGAUUGACCAGAGGGCUCAAGAGGAGUAUGCUGAUCUUUUCAAGACAUCUUUGUCUGAUAUUCAUGUAAAAGCCCUUGCAGCCUUGUUUGGCUGGCAGGUUCCUGACCAAUUGUAGGGUCUAGGAUUGGAUCUGCUUUGUUUUUCCUUUUGUUGUUCUCAUCGCCCUUGUGUCAAUGAAUCCGGAACGUGUUCUGAUAUGGAAUGUAAGAGGAUUAAAUUCCUCGGCUAGGCAAGACUCAGUCCGUUCUUUAGUUACUUCCUCAAAAAUUGAUAUCAUUUGCUUACAAGAAACUAAAUUGGAUGUCGUUACCAGAGGGGUCCUCCUAUCAGCCUUAGGCUCCGAGUUUCUUAAUUUUAUCGAGCUACCUGCUGUUGGCGCCAGUGGUGGGAUUUUGGUGGCUUGGAAACAAGAUGUGGUUGUCACAGGCACGCAAUAUAUCCGGAAUAAUAGCGUCUCAGUACAAUUUCUCAAUGGAAAUGGGAGCCCCUGGUGGCUUACUUGUGUUUAUGGACCGCAGGGAAAUAAUGAUAAGAUCCUAUUCCUGCAGGAACUCAGAAAUUUGAGGGGGCUGUGUCUUGGACCAUGGAUGAUUGCUGGUGAUUUUAAUUUGAUCUAUAAAGCUGAAGAUAAGAAUACCCCACACUUCAACCGGGGUAUGAUGGGAAGAUUUCGCAAUCUGAUCAACGACCUUGCUCUGAGCGAUCUUCCUCUGAAUGGUAGAAAAUACAUGUGGUCCAAUCAGCAGGCUAAUCCUACCUUAGUGAAGUUGGACAGGGUUUUAUGUACCUUGGAUUGGGAGGAAAUGUUUCCGAAUUCUCUGCUUCAAAGUCUGGCCUCCAAUGACUCUGAUCAUUGUCCCCUUCUUUUGGGUUUGAGGGAUAACAUUUCGGGUAGGCGCAGGUUCCAUUUUGAAGCUUUUUGGCCCAAGAUUGAUGGUUUUUUGGAGGUUGUUCAGUUGGCAUGGCAUUCUGUCCCUGUUUCGAACUGUCCUUUUUCCACUCUGAAUCUUAAGUUGAAAGCUGCUGCUAAAGGGCUGCAUGAAUGGAGUGCUAAAAAAGUUGGAAAUAUUUCGUCCACUUUGGCUCUGGCCCGAGUGUUGUUGCAUCACUUGGAAGUUGCCCAAGACUCUCGCCUGCUGUCUCCAGCUGAGUUGUGGUUUAAAGUAAAUCUUAAGAAACAUUCUCUGGCCCUUGCUUCCCUUCAAAGGACUAUUGCUAGGUUGAGGUCCAGAAUUGGAUGGCUGCGUGAGGGGGACGCCAACACUAAACUGUUUCAUAUGCAUUCCAGAUUUCGAAAGAAGAAAAAUUUCAUCACAAAAUUGGUGUCCAAUGGAGCAGUCCUCUCUAGUCAUGAUGACAAGGCCAAUCUGAUUGAUGAUUUUUAUGGCAGGCUGCUGGGGCUCUGCAGUGAUAGAGAGCAUACUAUAUCCUUGGAAAAUUUGGGGAUUCCAAACUUUGAUCUGUCAGCCUUGGAUGCCCCAUUCUCAGAAAAGGAAGUGUGGGAUACAAUCUGUCUUAUUCCCUUAGAUAAGGCUCCUGGUCCGGAUGGUUUCACGGGGAGAUUUUAUAAGGUUUGCUGGGAUAUUAUCAAGGUUGAUGUUAUGGUUGCGUUUUCGGCUGUUGGAUGCAGAAGAUUCAUUAAUUUUCAUGUUCUAAACACUGCAUAUAUCACCCUCAUCCCAAAGUUUGAAGGGGCUGAUCAAGUAAAAGAUUUCAGACCUAUAAGUUUAGUUCACAGCUUCGCAAAACUGCUCACUAAACUCCUUGCUAAUCGUCUGGCGGGUAGAUUACACACUAUGGUGUCUCCUAAUCAAAGUGCCUUUAUUAAAGGUCGCUUCAUUCAGGAUAAUUUUAUGUUAGUGCAACAGACUACUCGCUUUCUCCAUCAACAUAAGCUUUCUCGAAUCCUCCUGAAGUUAGAUAUCUCAAAGGCUUUUGAUUCAGUUGCUUGGCCUUUCCUCCUCGAAGUUCUGCAACAUUUGGGCUUUGGUCAGAUAUUGAGGGACAUUAUUAGUGGUUUGCUAUGGACCUCUUCAUCCCAGGUGUUACUUAACGGACUGCCUGGACAGACUAUUAUUCACCGACGUGGUCUUAGACAAGGCGAUCCUUUGUCCCCUUUUCUGUUUAUCUUGGUCAUGGAUAUUUUGGUAUUCUUAUUUAACCGUGCUGAACAGGUUGGGCUGUUGCAGCCCCUUGCCCCACGGAUUUUGCAGCACCGGAUUUCGUUAUACGCUGAUGAUGUGGUGAUAUUUCUUCGUCCGACUGCUUUGGAUAUCAAUAUUACUUUGGAUAUUCUUCACCUCUUUGGAGAGGCUUCCGGCUUAUGUACUAAUGUCUUGAAGAGCAGUGUAUAUCCUAUUAGAUGUGACGAUCAAGACCUUGCUGUGCUUCAUGACUUGCUACCUUGCGAGGUGGCUGAUUUUCCUUGUCGGUACUUGGGUCUACCGCUAGCUAUUAAAAAGGUCACUAGAGAUCAGAUUCAGCCCAUCAUUGAUAAGAUUGCAAAUAAACUUGCUGGUUGGAAGGCUGAUUUAUUGACUAAAUCUGGUCGUAAAAUCCACGUCCAGUAUGUUCUCACAGGGAUGGUCAUUUAUCUUGCUAUGGCUGUGGAUCUUCCAGCUUGGGUGCUCAAAGCUAUUGACAAGAUUCGUCGUGGGUUUCUAUGGAGAGGGCGGAAAGAUGCAAGAGGUGGUCACUGUCAAGUGGCCUGGGGGACUGUUUGCAGGCCUAUUGAGCUGGGUGGACUUGGUAUUUCGAGCUUAAAAGAGCUUGCCUGGUCACUUAGAAUGCGCUGGUUAUGGUUGGCAAAAACUGAUCCAACUCGCCCUUGGAUUUCUAUUUCUAUCCAUGUUCCUAAGAAAGUAAAAGAUUUCUUCUCAAUGGCUAUGCAAACUGAUAUUGGUAAUGGUGCUUCCACGCUUUUUUGGACAGAUAGGUGGCUGUCGGGACAUAGAAUUGCAGAUUUGACUCCACGGUUAUUCAGAAUUAUUUCUAAGCAAAGGACUAAUCGGAGAACAGUAUUGGACGCUCUUUCCAAUCACAGCUGGAUUUCGGACAUUCAGGGGGGCCUUUCAGUGGGUGUUAUCAACGAGUAUCUUCUCCUGUGGGAUUUAUUAGAUUUGGUUCAGCUAAGACCUCAUGUUGAAGACAAGCAUUUCUUUCGCCUUGCUGCCAAUGGAAAAUAUUCUUCCAAGGAAGCUUAUAGGGGUUUCUUUAUUGGGUCAAUUGAGUUUGAGCCUUUUCAUAUAAUUUGGAAGACUUGGGCUCCUCCGAAAUCUAAGUUUUUCAUGUGGUUGGUCGCUCAUAAGAAGGUGUGGACAGCUGAUAGGUUGCAAAAAAGAGGUAUGGAUCAUCCGGAGAGAUGUCCAUUAUGUGAUCAGGAUCAGGAAACCUUAAAUCAUAUGCUGCUGGGCUGCGUCUUUGCUAGAGAAUUUUGGUUCAAGCUGCUUCUUCUUGUAAAUCUACAACACUUGGCCCAUCAGUCCUGUGAAGGGGUUUUUAUGGAUUGGUGGCAAGACUUGAGCACCAAGAUUCCUGGGGUUGCAAGAAAUGGUCUUAAUUCUCUUGUCAUUCUUGGUGUUUGGACCCUUUGGAAACAUCGCAAUGGCUGCGUUUUUGACAAUAAGAGUCCUAGUGUGGCUGCUGCUAUUAGAAGCAUUGGUUUGGAGAUAGAUCUUUGGGUUAUGGCUGGUGCAAAGAAGCUGUCCUUGCUUACUGCCCCCAUCCCAGGUCUACUUGUUAGCUAGAUAUCUGUAGUGCUGUUUUGGUAGCAGUGUAUUUUGUCAUGGAUGGUUUCAUUUAUGCUUGUUAUUGGCCGCCGUAGGGCGGCCUUAUCUGUAUCUGGGGGUCCUUUUUGGACUUUUUUUCCCUUCUUAAUAUAUUUUCGCGCAGCUCUCCUGCGCUUUCGAGAAAAAAAAUAAUUGCAUUUCAGCAGGUGUUACUUCAUAAAUUGUUCAGUAGGAAACAACUGGCUCAUCAAUCAUCAGGAAUGUUCUGGAGCUUACCAGAUAUCUAUUUAAAAUAGUUGAUUCACCAAAUUUUCUUUUCAAUGAUGUAUAUCAGCAGAUGUUUGAGAGGGAGAUUGGUCAUCUUAGUGCAUUGUUCCUGACCAUGGAGGAAGGCUUCCUCGCCCUCGUGUCAAGCCUGUGGGAGUCCCAGUCGAACAUCACCACGGCUGGGACGUGCUGCCUCGUCAGUGUCAUGCACGACAAGACCCUUUUCAUCGCUAACCUCGGUGACUCUGGGGCCCUUCUCGGCAAGAAGGUGGGUCGCGCUGAAUAGAUUACCGCAGAACAGUUAUCCAGUGAGCACAACACCAAUCAGGAGCCUAUCAGGCAGGAGCUCAUGAGGCAACACCCAGAUGAUGCUCAGUUUGUUGCAGAUGUAUUUCAACCUAGACGAUUUGGCAUCAAGGCUGUAGCUUGAUUGCAAAGAAAAAGAGGAAAACAAUUUUGGAAUAAAAUAACUCAAAUGCACACCCGGUGAUUGUUUUGGAGCUGCACAGGAUUUGAAUGGACAUCUUCAGGAUGUUAAGGUAGGUUGGCUCUGAAGUAGUGCAUCCUCAGAUGUGUCAUUUGUGCAGAACUGCUCUCUGAUUAUGUAGUGGAAAAAUGCUUGUGGUCAAUAGUUGGUAGUUGCCAAAACUGACAAUUAUGGUAGGGUUGAGAUGGACAGAAAGAACGCAGAUGUAACAAGCCAGCCUUGGGAAACAAAGAUAACCUUUCUCAUAUUGCCUCUUAUAUUAACUCGACAUUCUCUAAUAUUCAUGCACGCAACGUCA